AUGCCGCAAGUAUUCCGCGCUGAAGGCCUCGACUAUGUUCUCGAGAUGUGUGAUCCAAAAAAGGCUGCGCAAAAAGCCUACGGGAAGGAGGAAGAGGAGGAGAAGGAGGGAAGCGAUCUUGAACCGGAUAACGACGAGAGCGAUGGUACCGAAAUUCUUGAUGAACGGGACUUCGAAACGGGAGAUGAACACGAAGAUGAACAUAGUUAUGGUCCAAAACCGAGCACCUCAAAAAAAGUCACUUUUGCACUUGAAGUUGCGAAUGAUGUUGGUCGGGUUGAGAGCGAUGACGGGGACGAUGUUGGGAAUCUGAAAGAAGAUAUUUACGGUCGAGUUGUUGACCGAAAAACGGGAGCAGUUUUGCCUUCAAAGCUGGGCGCAAAGGAGAAACUUGAUGAAUUGGAACGACGAACUGGCGUACUCGAAACAGAAGAUCGGUUGAAAUUAACAAAAUGCCUGAGAGGCCUUGUGAAUCGUCUCAAUGAACAUACGCUUGUUGGAGCUGUAAAGAAUUUUUCGGAUAUAUUUGCCAGCAAUGGGCAUAAUGAAGUGAAACAAAUAUUGUUCUGUGAAAUUUCAAAUAGCGUCGCAAUGGAUUAUCGGUUGCCAGACAGGCUUAUCAUCGAAUAUGCUGUCUUCAUUGCUCUUAUUCAUACCACAGUCUCGUCUGAAGUCUCAUCAUAUAUUAUUGAGAAUUUUAUUACGAAACUUUUGGAAACGAUUGCAAAUCCUCCAGAAGGCAAAUCACUGGAAAAUUUGUGCAUUUUUCUUGCCGAACUUUAUAAUUUCAAGGUUCAUUUUGGGUGUAUUAUUGUCUAUGUAAUUUCAUCACUUUCUCGAGGAUGCACGCAAGAUUUUUUAAUAAAUUCUGUGCCUGGCUUGCCAAUCCAUUUAGUUUUGCGGAAAGCAGUGGUUCAGGUUAUCAAAGUCACCAUUGUCACAGAAGUUAUCCAGCGUCUCAGAGAGGAAGUUAGUGACAAAUGCAUGACCUGUCUCACAGUUAUUCUCAGCUACAAAUUUAGCUGCAUUCGAACUAAUUCACCGUUUUUCCUAGACUGCGGUAACACGUUGAGGAAGCGCAACUUGGAUGCUUUGCAGAAGUGUCUCACGGAGACGCAGUCAUUUUUGUCCGGACUUUCGGAGACAUCUUUAAAAGAGCAACAGCUACGAUAUGUUGUAGAAGAGAUUAACGACAUUAAAAAUGCAAAUGUUCGACAAUUCACUGAUAAAGUGGAUUCUACUUUAUACGACCACUACGUUAGCAUUUAUCAAAUGGGCCGAGAGAAAGAGCUACCAAUGAGUGUUGACGAUAUCGUGCACAUCGCAGAAAGAGGACGCUGGUGGCUUGUUGGCUCGGCUUGGUUACCAUCUGCAACUGGGAACUCUCAGGAUCAAUUAGUGACAGAUAAAGCAGCUGAAAAGAAUACACUUUUCAGCCCAUCCUUGUUGCAGCUUGCUAAAAACGCCAAAAUGAACACGACGAUUCGACGUAACAUUUUCUGCACAAUCAUGUCGUCUACGGAUGAAGCAGAUGCAUUCGAGAAGCUAUUACGAUUGUCGCUGAAGGGUCAACAGGAAAGGGAAAUUGUGCACAUUUGCGUGCACUGUGCACUCCGAGAAGCCUCGUAUAAUCCAUUUUAUGCAGCAGUCAUCGAUCAUCUUUGCUGUUAUCAUAAACGUUUUAAAGUUAGUUGA